ACCCUGUUGAAUGUUGAAUUGUUGAUGAUGUUAUGAUAAUCUCAGGUCAGGUAUGGUUCUGGAGUUGUUCUUAUUGCUGAGUGUCCUUCUCCUACCUCCUGUUAGAGGGGACAAAUUAGAGUUCGUAUCAAUUGUGUUUAGACACGGGGCCAGGUCUCCUACUGGACCAUACAAGAAUGACAUUUAUAAAGAAUAUGACUGGCCACAGGGAUAUGGACAACUCUCCAUUGAGGGAAUGAAAGAAGAAUAUAAUUUAGGUAAAUUAUUUCAAAGUCGAUAUCUUGAGUCCGGCUUUAUGAAUGCAACAUACAACAGAACACAAAUAUAUGUUCGCAGUACUCAAUAUGACAGGACGAUAAUGAGUGCCCAAUGUGUACUGGCAGCAAUGUAUCCUCCUACUGAAGAAGAGGAGUUCCAGCCAGGUCUUGAUUGGCAGCCUAUUCCAGUUCACUCUACGAUCGGACCUGAUUAUUUAUUAAGAGGUUUUGCUUCUAAACUUUGUCCUCGUUAUGAACUGCUAAAAAACCAAACAGAGAAAUCAUCAGGUUACCUAGCAACAUGGAAUGACAACAAGGAAUUGUUUGUUGAGCUAUCAAACUAUACUGGGGAACCUGUCAACCUUACCAACAUAUGGCAUAUACAGGACACCCUGUUCCAACAGUGGUAUGCUAAUUACACUACUCCAUAUUGGUACACUACUGAACUGAUGGACAAAUUACAGGAACUAGCAAAUUAUGUUUUAUCAUUACUUUUUGAUAGUACCAUGAAGAAACAAUUAACAGGAGGCCUGUGGGCUAACGAGGUUAUUGAGAAUAUGGAGGAUAAGUCUUCAAAGGAAAGUAAUUUAACACAGAGAAUGAUCCUUUAUUCAGCACAUGAUACUACUGUGGCUGCAAUGUUGAGUGUCUUUAAUUUAUUUGAUAAAAAGCAACCACUUUUUUCAGCUGCCUUUGUAAUUGAACUAUAUUCAAAUGAUGACAAUGGACAUUAUGUGAAGUUUUUAUAUCAUAAUGAAACUAAAAGUGAUCAGUUUCAUGAACUAACUCAUCCAAACUGUGAAACCAACUGUCCAUUGGGAAAAUUGAAACAGAUAAUGAAGCCAUAUUUGGUAAGCAACAUCAGUCAAAUUGAAGAAUUGUGUUCAUUAGAUGAACCAACUCAACCCACAAGCGGAAACAAAGCUACGGUGAUAGGGUUAGGCGUGGCACUGGGUGUGGCUUUGGUGUUAUUAAUAACUACACUGGCUAUAUUGAUCAUAUUUUGUAUUCGUGUCAAGAGAAAUAAUGAAUAUCAAAUGUUACAAGACAGCACUUCUUCAAAUGAUAAACUUUAAUUAAAAUAUUUUAAAAUUAUUAUCACAUACAGAUAGAUUAUACACACAAACAAUAAUAAUAACAA